AAGCCCAUCCGAUGACUGAAAUUCCAAACCCUACCCGUACCCCUCAAGCAUAAUAGGGCUUUGCGCCUCUCUUCUUGUUCACUCACAGAAGCAGCAGACGGAGAAGGCGGAGUCGGAGUCUGUGAAGCCGACGAAUCCGACAUGGGACUGCUGUCUAACUGACUUCAAAAUCCAAGUUGUUGAUCACAUUGAAGUCAUUCAUCAAUUGCAAGAGAUGGAGGGAGAUGAUGACUAUGUGGAAUACAUUCCAGUGGCCAAGCGUAGAGCAAUGGAAGCACAGAAGAUACUCCAGCGCAAGGGGAAAUCUUCAGCAUUUGAAGAUGAAACUGAGAGGUUAAAACUUGCUGAAGCUAAACCAAGUUUGCUUGUGAAGGCCUCUCAGCUUAAGCGUGACCAGCCGGAGAUUAGUCCCACAGAACAAAUGGUGCAGCAAGAGAAGGAAAUGAUCGAACACCUGUCAGAUAGGAAGACAUUGAUGUCUGUUCGUGAGCUUGCAAAAGGAAUAACUUAUAAGGAGCCCCUGUUGACAGGAUGGAAACCACCUCUACGAAUUAGAAGGAUGCCAAGAAAAGAAUGUGAUGCCAUUCGGAAGCAGUGGCAUAUUAUUGUUGAUGGUGAAGAUAUCCCCCCACCAAUUAAAAAUUUCAAGGAAAUGCUGUUUCCAGAGCCAAUUCUGAACAUGUUGAAAGCUAAAGGAAUUGUACAACCAACACCUAUUCAAGUGCAAGGGCUUCCUGUUGUCUUGUCAGGUAGAGAUAUGAUAGGGAUUGCUUUUACGGGUUCUGGCAAAACAUUAGUUUUUGUUCUGCCGUUGAUCAUGGUGGCACUGCAAGAAGAGUUGAUGAUGCCUGUUGUUCCUGGCGAAGGGCCAUUUGGAUUGAUAAUUUGUCCAUCUAGGGAGCUUGCUAGGCAAACUUAUGAGGUUGUGGAGCAAUUUUUGGUUCCAAUGAGGGAGUAUGGCUUUCCAGAACUGAGGCCAUUGCUCUGCAUUGGUGGUGUUGAUAUGCGGACGCAAUUGGAGGUUGUGAAGAAGGGUGUGCAUAUCGUUGUUGCCACCCCUGGGAGGUUGAAGGACAUGCUCGCAAAGAAGAAGAUGAGCCUUGACAAUUGUAGGUAUUUAACUUUAGACGAAGCAGAUAGAUUGGUGGAUCUGGGAUUUGAGGAUGACAUAAGAGAGGUGUUUGAUCACUUCAAAGCUCAAAGGCAGACCCUUCUGUUUUCUGCAACCAUGCCGACAAAGAUUCAGAACUUUGCUAGAAGUGCUUUGGUUAAACCUGUUACUGUUAAUGUGGGGAGGGCUGGAGCAGCAAAUCUUGAUGUGAUCCAAGAGGUGGAGUACGUGAAACAAGAAGCAAAGAUCGUGUAUCUUCUCGAGUGCUUGCAGAAGACCCCUCCUCCCGUUUUAAUUUUCUGUGAGAAUAAAGCGGAUGUUGAUGAUAUCCAUGAAUAUCUUCUCUUGAAAGGAGUCGAAGCAGUUGCCAUUCACGGAGGGAAGGAUCAAGAGGAGAGAGAGUACGCCAUUUCAUCGUUUAAAGCAGGCAAGAAAGACGUAUUGGUGGCAACAGAUGUCGCCUCGAAGGGGUUGGAUUUUCCGGAGAUUCAGCAUGUCAUUAACUAUGACAUGCCUGCUGAAAUAGAGAAUUAUGUGCAUAGGAUUGGACGAACAGGAAGAUGCGGGAAGACUGGAAUCGCUACGACAUUCAUCAACAAGAAUCAGAGUGAGACGACUCUGCUUGACUUGAAGCACUUGUUGCAAGAAGCAAAGCAGAGAAUACCACCAGUACUGGCAGAGCUGAAUGAUCCCAUGGAAGACGUUGAUGCAAUCACCAACGCGAGCGGGGUUAAAGGCUGUGCCUACUGUGGCGGUCUUGGUCAUCGUAUUCGUGAUUGCCCCAAAUUAGAACAUCAGAAGAGCCAGGCAAUUGCCAGCUCUAGGAGGGAUUAUUUCGGAUCAGGAGGCUAUAGGGGAGAGAUGUGAUGCAUGUGCGUAUGUUAGUGCUUCCAAAGCCAAGCCAGACCAGACCAUUGCCGCUCUCUCUCUCUCAUAUAUUUAUAUGUAUAUAUAUGUAGUUCUCUCUCUCUCUCUCUCUCUCUCUCUCUCUCUCUCUCAUAUAUUUAUAUGUAUAUAUGUAGUUUAUGUUUUAAUCCAACCUCGUACAAGUCAACAAAGGAGAAAGAUGGAUGUUUUGUUUUCAUUGCCAAAGACUAGGGGACGAUGCAUUUGAGUUGAGUUCAAGGGCUGAAUGGGGAGCCGUCAUAUUUGUUC